GUUUCUUACAUGGCUGAAUGUUGCUGUACAGUAGUAUGUGUAGUAGUUACAAUACAAUGAGUGUACAAAACAAUAGGAACACCUUCCUAAUAUUGAGUUGCACCCCCUUUUGCCCUCAGAACAGAUUCAAUUCGUUGGGGGUAUGGACUUUACAAGGUGUUAAAAGCGUUGCACAGGGAUGCUGGCCCAUGUUGACUCCAAUGCUUCCCACAGUUGUGUCAAGUUGACUAGAUGUCCUUUGGGUGGUGGACAAUUAUUGAUACACAGGGAAAACUGUUGAGUGUGAAAAAAUCAGCAGCAUUGCAGUUCUUGACACUCAAACUGGUGCGCCUGACACCUUCUACCGUACCCCAUUCAAAGACUCUUAAAUCUUUUGUCUUUCCCAUUCACCCUCUGAAUGACACAGAUACACAAUCCAUGUCUCAAUUGUCUCAAGGCUUAAAAGUCCUUCUUUUAACCUGUCUCUUCCCCUUCAUCUACACUGAUUAAAGUGACAUCAAUAAGGGAUCAUAGCUUUCACCUGGAUUCACCUGGUCAGUCUAUGUCAUGGAAAGACCAGGUGUUCCUAAUGUUUGGUACACUCUGUGUAUUUACCUUCUCAUCCAGCCUGUGUUGUAGUCCUUAUAUGUCCUAUUUGUUAUAUGCUUUCAUUCAGUCAAGUGAUUUCUUUUGUAGUGAUAUGACUGUGUGUAGUGUUCAAUGGAAUGUAUUUGCAUUGUUAUUCUGCCAUCAUCAUUAUCUAUGCUCCUUAAGGUUAUUUGUGUGUUCAAAUUAUUACACUGUCAUUUAUGAUUACAUUGUUUUGAUCAAUCUGUCCAAGUGUUUGCUUGAUGUGUUAUAGUUAUGUUUAUUGUGUAAUUUGUGUGAAUACUAUUUCCUUUGGUCGGAAAUGCGCAAUUUUCACUCAGAUUACAACAACCACAAUGUUUUGCAUGAUUGUGAAAUCAUUUUGUUCCAAGUCAGUUGUCCACGUUAUCAAUGCAGUGUAUAUGGCAUGCAUUAAUAUCUCUGUUGUCGUCGGUCAUCCCAAACUAUGGUUGUGCUGGAUGACCUGACUGACUGGGUGUUCUACAGUUGUAGACAGAUGGAUGGAAUGGUUCCCGUUGUGAAAAGCUGGUUGGUUCAAUGCCGGGAAGGCACAUAGUGAAUUCUUUAAAACGUGUGGGCAUUCUUGUGUCCGUAAUAUACAUAGUUGUGUUCAGUUCGCUCACCCUGAAUAGUGGCUUUAUGGGAUUUUCAUUUCCCCUCAAAUGUGGAUGUAGGGUUUUAGGAUUUAAGAAGCAAGAUUUUGAAAGAACAAAUUAAGGACUGUUAAUGCAUUAUUCUGGUGUGAAUAUAUUAUUCUGGUGUGAAUGUAAAGGAAUUGGGAAAAGUCCAGUGUGUGGACAUGGCUGCUCAAAGUCUGUCCAAUAGGUUGGCUGGCUGCACGUGCUUGAGGUAUAAUGGUGAGAGGAUAUAUUCAUUGCAUACAGAAAUUGAUACACAAGCUGUGGCUGGGAUUUAAAUUUUAAUGUCAGUGAAUGCUGUAGGAAACCAAGUGGGCUGAUUUGUUUGGGCCUGGUCCUGAAGAGGCUACAUGAUCCAGUGAUUUGAAUAGGUAAAUAGUUGCCUCUCUUUUACGUUGACCCUUUAAGGUAAACAUGGAUUUUAAACAAUACUUAUAUUAUUUGUCUGUAAUAACUAUAAUGCUGUUAGCCUUUUAUUAUACUUUAUUUGGUCAUUGAUCAUUAGGUCUACUGUGCUGUAUGUGUAUUGUAUGUCAUGCAAUAUGGCAAGUAUGACAAUUCAAGCCACUUCAUUGAAAAACGUUUGAUGUGUGCCCAAACUACUCAAAGGUGAUCCACCAAGCUUUUUAUUGUUACAGUGAUGUUACACGAGAAGUGCAUUUGCUCUCCCUACAGUACCUCAUGAAACAUUGUUUUAUUAAUGUACUGGUAUUGUAUCUUUAAAUCGCUCUAGUGAAGUAUGCAAAUAGGAAGUGCCCUCUGCAUUUGAGCAAAUAAGGAGCUGGCUUUGCUCCUGUCCUGCAUUGCCACUGGCUCUUGCGGGUGUCAAACAAACAUCGAAGACCCUUCUAAAAUGUUUCUAUUUUAGUUAGCUAGUAGAUUCCCCGCCCGUCCGGUGUCUGGUUCAACAUCGACUUGUGGAGAUUGGAAUUACUUCAGGAAUGUGACUGUCGAGCUCAACCUCGCCCCGAAAGAAAGAAAUGUUCUCUAGAAGGGUGAAGGAAGAAACGCCGCUGACCCCUAAGUACACUUAUGUAGUGUCACUGACUGAGUACCACCGCCGGAUCGAUGCGCUAAACAGUGAAGAUCUGAAAUCUCUCUGCAAGCGGCUUCAGAUCACCACCAAGGAGGAGGUCAACUCUAAGCAUGCCACCUCUAUCAAGACGGAGCUGGAGCCUGAGAUCUUCAGACCCAACCUCAGUGAGCCUAGCGAGCUGCUGGAGGCACAGCAGAUAGAGAAGCUGGCGAAGAACCUCCCUCCCCGUACCAUUGGAUACCCCUGGACCUUGGCCUACGGCACCACCAAGCAUGGCAUGAGCAUCAAGAGCCUUUACCGGGCCAUGCAGGGGCAGGACACCCCCAUGCUGUUGGUUAUCAGGGACAGUGAUGGUGGGGUGUUUGGUGCGUUGGCGUCCGAACCCUUCAAAAUCAGCGAGGGAUUCUACGGCACGGGAGAGACCUUCCUCUUCACCUUCUGUCCAGAGUUUGAGGUGUACAAAUGGACAGGUGACAACAUGUUCUUCAUGAAAGGAGAUAUGGACUCCUUAGCUUUUGGUGGUGGAAGUGGUGAGUUUGGCCUGUGGUUGGAUGGAGACCUGUACCACGGCAGGAGUCACUCCUGUAAAACCUUUGGCAACCCCAUGCUCUCCAAGAAGGAGGAUUUCUAUAUACAGGACAUUGAGAUCUGGGCUUUUGAAUAACAAAACCCACCACGGGAAAAGAGAGACUAAGCAUCCCUACAAUGGCAUUGUUGUCUCAAACCUAACUGCACAUCACCACCCUGCUCCAACCCACUGUCUGGGGCUCCCAGGACGGAGCCAGCUGAAGGAUGCGUGUUGUGCGUUCAUACGUUACUCCUGCAGUUAUAACAGAGCUUUUCUUUGUGAAUUACCUUGUGUGUAUCUUGUUACAACUGUGUGCAGCGUCUUUGAGGAGGUGUACUGUCCUGUACUAUACUGUGAGGCAUCAGGGGAUGUGUGGGUUUGUUAGAGACCGUAGAGACGUCUUGUUGCAGAACCAAGGAGAAGCAAUCAGAUCGCUCUCUCUGGCCUCAGCAGGAGAUGAUGUCGGCUCAGGUUUGGGAUUGAGAGAGAAACUGCCGUAGUCCAGAUUAUCUGAAUUUUGAGACACUCAAGGAACCCCGCCCCUCAGAACUUGGUUGAAGUCAGUCAGUAGGAUGUUACUAUAUGUGUUGUUACAGGCCUUUAGUGCAGAGAUCCAGUAAUAAAAUUAACAACGUGCGUUCCUUUGUUCUCAGAGGAGACAGUUGAACCUAACAUAGUUCUGGUUGGUCUUCAAACACCUGAAGGAAGAAUCUCAGCAGGAUGAUGAGGAAACUAUUAUGGGGGGGGGGGGUAUUUUACAUCUUUGGUUUACUUCUGAGGCAAGAACUACGUAUAGAGUGUUGUGUAUUGUAGUCCUAUUGUUCACCAUCACAGCACAUAGCUAGAAUCAGAAUAUUACCCAUCGUCGUACUAAUAAUGUUCUGUUCAGUGGGUGUACUACGUGUGAGUUCAGCUACCACCGGCGCCCCUCGGGAGUCGUGUGUACUGUUCGUAGACAGUAAUGUGUUGCAAUAGAUUUGUGGAAUAUGCAAAUUACUGUCAUGUGACCUCAAAUAAUCCAGGUUGGCGCUUUUCCUCGCCUGUCCGUGGCUCUUUAUCAGAGAGGACUUGUAAAGCUUUCAUGUCUUGAUCCACAAUUGCUUUUCUGGGUAUAAUUUGAAAAGCCUGAGACGUGGUUAACUGUUUUACAUGCAUAUGACAAUUGUAUAUUAUUUAUAUAGGAUUAUAUAUAAAUAUAUUAUAUAAUUCAUUAUAUGUUGCUGUUGUGUGACAGUGAUCUUUUUGUGCUGAUGUUUCAGCUGUUACAUUAUAUUUGUAUAUAACCCUGUAAAUUAAUGUUAAAAUAGUAGAUUUGUUCCUAUAUAGAAACACAUAUAUGAUUGGUGGGUUGCUUCUAGCACUUGAAUCUGGUCUAAAAGUGUUUAUAAACCAGUUUCUUGGACUUCUAGUAGCAGUAGCUGUACAGUACUUUUUUGUUUAGAGUCAUAAACAUGUUAACUGUUAGUAGAAAGCUUGCUGCUAUAAUAUUAAGGGUAAAGCUAAACUAAUGCUCUGUGUAACUAAAGGGGAGUGAGGAGGCUGAAUGUCAAAGAAGAAUUGAACUCUCCUCACAAGUUCUGCUGAGUGGUGAGUCUUCAUUAGUUGGUAGACUGACUGUUAAGACUGUGGGCUAAGAAAAUAUGUACAAUUAAACUAUUAAACACAGCAGCUUUCCUUCCCCUUUCUGGUCUUCCACACCAGUAUUUGUGUCUGUGGAGUCACAAAGAAUAACAUGGAUAAAUCCUCCUAAUUAUUUUACAGGAACACAAUGUAUUAUUGAUGUAUAAAUUAAUAAAUAACAAUAAAAUUGUUGUAACCUGG